AUGCGACGCCUCUCUUUCACUCUGCUCGUGCUAUCAACGAUCUGCUAUGCUCAGCGUCUAUCGUUCUCGUUCUCCGACCUCUUCAUGAAAUCUCCCGGCGUCCAAAGGCAGCUACCCGAUCUGUAUGAGGCAUCUGUGCCCGAACUACAGGCUGGACUAGAUGCGGGUGAUUUCACCAGCGUUGAUCUCGUCAAGGCAUACUUUGCGCGCAUCGAGGAAGUUAAUCUCCAAGGUCCAGCCCUUCGGGCAGUGCUCGAAACUAAUCCGUCAGCUCUAACGCAAGCGGCCGAGCUCGAUGCAGAAAGGAAAGCGUCAGGAAAGCGCAGCGCUCUGCAUGGAAUCCCAGUAUUACUCAAAGAUAAUAUUGCAACUGUUUCUUCAGAAGGAAUGAACACCACGGCUGGUUCGUUCAGCCUGUUAGGGUCAGUAGUUCCGGAUGAUGCAGGAGUUGUGAAGAGGCUGAGAGCUGCUGGAGCUAUUAUCUUGGGCAAGGCCAAUUUAUCUGAAUUUGCACACUUCCGGGGAAAUGUAGCGUCUGGAUGGUCGGGUCGGGGUGGGCAGAACUCGGGUGCAUAUUUCCCCGGCUUAGAUCCUUGUGGGUCGUCGUCAGGCUCCGGCGUCGCUGCUUCUAUCGGUCUAGCGGCUGUGACGUUGGGGACGGAAACGGACGGCAGUAUCACUUGUCCUUCUGAGCACAACAACCUCGCUGGCAUCAAACCAACUGUUGGUCUAACUUCACGUGCGGGAGUUAUCCCGAUAUCGGCCAAUCAAGACACAGUCGGGCCCAUAACGCGCUCUUUGACCGAUGCAGCCAUCGUCCUUUCUGUCAUCGCCGGCAAAGACCCCAACGACAAUUUUACACUCGCGCAACCGGACACUGUCCCUGACUUCUCCAAGGCCCUCGACGUGCGAGCCAUAAAGGGCAAGCGCAUCGGCGUCCCGAGGCUUAAUCUCGUCAGCAGAGCGAACCCCACUAUACUUACUGCGUUCGAGACAGCGCUCGAUACGCUGCGCGGGUUGGGCGCGAUUAUUGUUGAUCCCGCCGAUCUCCCAUCUAUCAAUGAAAUACGGGCGUCUGGGAACGAGAGUCUUGUCCUGAACACCGACUUCAAGGUCCAGUUGAAUGAGUGGUAUGAAAACCUUGUUGAGAACCCAUCCGGAGUGCGCAGCCUCGCGGAUUUGAUCCAAUUUGACUUGGAUAACCCAGAGCUCGAGCUGCCUCCUGGAUUUAGCGACCAAUCCGACCUGCUUGCAGCGGAAGCAACCAAUGGGUUCACUGCAGCGUACUUCGAGUCCCUUGCGUCGAACCACGACCUAGGGAGAACACGCGGAAUCGACGCAGCGCUCCGGAACAACAAUUUGGAUGCACUCGUAAUGCCUGCUUCUGUUGCUAGCGGCCCAGCUGCAAUCGCGGGGUACCCUAUCGUCACAGUCCCUCUUGGUUUCUUCCCCGACAACACCCCAACCCGUUCAGCGGGUCCGCUUACUGUGUACCCUGCUCCAGGGGCACCCUUUGGCCUGUCCUUCGUUGGAACGGCGUUCUCCGAGUCGAAGCUUAUCAGCAUCGCUUUUGCGUACGAACAAAAGACGAAGACGAGGCUUCAAAGAAAGGCGUUCGCGGCUGCUAUUCCUACUACACAACUUCAGGACGUACUUUUCAGGCCCGCAGCGGCAUUGAUGUUGUAG